AAAUGGUUGGCGAAGGAGAAGGAAUUGGAGGAGCAAGAAAAGCUCGAGCCCUGGAAUGUGGACACCAUCGGCCAUGAGGGCUUCAGUUAUUCGAGGGUGAACAAAAUCACCGAGAAGAAGCCGCCUCCGAAGUUGUCAGAUGAGGAAGAUUCGAAGAGAAUGACGACAUUUUUCGACAAAAAUGAGGGCCUAAUCCAAGAAUACGGGAAACUGAAGACCUUAGAAGAAUCUGAAGCUUUUAUCCUCGAACAUCCUCACCUUGCUAGUGAGUACACAGCUAAUUACCUCACUAUCGAUGCGCUGAACAUGGCAAUUGACAACAAGGAGGAAGAAAUGAGCAACAUUGCUCGACAAUGCAUUGUUAUUCAAUAUCUGCUUGAACUUGCCAAAAAUAUGAAUGCCAUUCCCACAAAUGCGAACAUCAUCAAAGCUUUCUUCAAAAAAUUCCGCGCAGCCGAUCCACAGUAUCUGAAGCUCUACACCGAUGAAGUGGCAGCAUUUGAGGACAGGCUUCGAAGGCGUGCGAAAGAAAAGAGAGAUGCAGCUUUGGCGGAGUAUGAGGCUGAGGAAAAGGUUUGA